UCCUCCACAUUCAUUUCAUUUUUUUGCUCAAGGUUUCAGCAAUAGCGUCAGCCUUUGUGGAUAACAUACCUUUGACGACUAUGAUGGUUAAAAUAACAAUAUCGUUAGCCCAAAACAAAGCACUCAAUUUGCCAUUGCAGCCGCUAGUUUGGGCCCUAGCAUUUGGCGCUUGUUUGGGAGGCAAUGGCACAUUGAUUGGAGCUUCGGCGAAUGUUGUCUGCGCUGGUGUUGCAGAACAACACGGUUAUAAGUUUACCUUCCUUCAAUUCUUCAAAGUAGGCUUCCCCGUUAUGAUCGGCAGUAUUCUAGUAUCCACCGCUUACCUUUUAGUAAGUCAUGCAAUUUUCUCGUGGCAUUGAUGCGCGACGAAGGGAGAAAUCGUUAUUCUUUUAUGGCUAUAUUUAUUUAAAAGAUAAUAUUUAUACAUUUAGUUCAUAACUAGGUACUAGGUAGUGUCGAGGCGCUUGUAAGAAGAGAAAAAAUAUAUGCGUACGCGCGAGCGUGUAUAAUUGUAA